UGCAUUUGCGCAUUUACUAAACUCUGUAUGUUCCACUACUCCAAUCUAUAUAACAACUCCUCCACUUUUACUUUAUUCUGGUUUUUUUCUCCGUCUCUCCACUCUCCAGUUGUUCGUCUUCGUCUGCGUCGAGCACUCAAAUAAAAAAUUUUGCUUCUUGCUCCAAAUUAUUACACUAAAAUAACUGAUUAAUUUAAUUACAUUUAUUAAUUAGUUAAUUACAUCAAAUAUCAAUUAUUUGUAAUUUAAAAAAAAACAUAAAAUGUCUAAACAACGAGUUUGUAUUAUUGGUUCUGGUAAUUGGGGGUCAGCAAUCGCUAAAAUAAUCGGAGCAAACGCAGCAAGAUUGGAUAAUUUUGAGGAUCGUGUGACGAUGUAUGUUUACGAAGAGAUUAUUAACGGUAGGAAAUUAACUGAGAUAAUAAAUGAAGAGCAUGAGAAUGUUAAAUAUCUACCGGGUCAUAAGAUACCAGAGAAUGUGAUUGCUGUCCCAGAUGUCGUCGAAGCAGCAGCAGAUGCAGAUAUUCUUGUAUUUGUGGUACCCCAUCAAUUUAUAAGACGAAUAUGUAGCACUCUGCUGGGUAAAAUAAAGCCAACGGCUUGUGGAUUAUCACUGAUUAAAGGGUUUGAUCAAAAAGAAGGGGGUGGUAUUGAUUUAAUAUCACAAAUAAUAACUGCCGAAUUAAAUAUACCAAUGGCUGUACUAAUGGGAGCUAAUUUAGCCUCAGAAGUUGCUGAUGAAAUGUUUUGUGAAACGACCAUUGGUUGUAAGGAUAAUGCGAUGGGCGUUAUCUUGCGUGAUAUGAUUCAGACACCGUUUUUCCGUGUUGUUGUUGUCGAUGACGUUGAUUCUGUUGAAUGUUGCGGCGCUCUUAAGAAUAUUGUAGCAUGCGGAGCUGGAUUUGUUGAUGGUCUAGGACUGGGUGAUAACACAAAAGCGGCGGUAAUACGUUUAGGAUUAAUGGAAAUGAUUAAAUUCGUAGAUGUUUUUUACCCGGGAGGUAAACUGAGCACAUUUUUUGAGAGCUGCGGUGUUGCUGAUUUAAUAACAACUUGUUAUGGUGGACGUAAUCGUAAAGUUUCGGAAGCUUUUGUUAAAACUGGCAAGUCAAUUAUUGAGCUAGAACAAGAAAUGUUAAAUGGCCAGAAACUCCAAGGACCAAUUACUGCUGAAGAAGUCAACUACAUGUUAAAAGCCAAAGACAUGGAAGCCAGGUUUCCACUAUUCACCGCAAUCCAUCGAAUCUGUGUCGGUGAAUUGCAGGCGACUGAUCUCAUCGACUGCAUUCGCAGCCACCCGGAACACAUGUACGACAAUGACCAGAACGUGCCACCAAAAUGUCAUCUCUAAUUGCCGACAGCUCUCAGUCAUCGAGAUAAUAAUUAAUAAUUAAAAUUUUUUACUCAAGAUUAAUAAUAAUUAAAAGUUAACCAAAUAAAUGUAAUAUUUUUUUACAAGUCAUGCCAUAAAAAAAAUAUUCAUUAAAUAUCAU